GCGCGGGUCAAAAUCUAGUUUAUCUUUUAAAAAUAUGUAAUAACGUGUACCCCUUUACAAAAGAUAUGAUCUUGUAGGAUUGACAAAAGGAAGAUUAUUUAGGGAUUAUCCAGAUAUAUGAAUUCUAUAUGGACAAAAAAAAUCUUUAUAUUUUCGGAGUAAGAACUUUUCAAAAAAUUUAUCAAUUUAAAGAAUUUUUCAAAAAAAGUAAAAAAAAAAAAUAUAUAUCAAUUUAAAACUGAAAUGAAUUGAGUCAUCGAAUAACUUGAAUGAUUUUUUUUUUAAAUAUAGUUUCAGUCACAUCCACGCUAUACCAUUUUUAAAGCACCUUCAAUGGAGAGGUUCUGCCGUAAAAUAUAUUCUACAAUUACAUACAUAUUAUAUAUAUAUAUAUACACGCAGGGCCGGUUUACUUGGGGAACAACCAGUGCAACCGUCCCAGGUACAAGUCCGUGUCCUCCGUAUCAUAAUAAUUAAGGGGUCAAAUUUUUUAUAAAUUUGUAUUUUUAUAUAUAACAAAAAUUGAAAAGGGUCUAAAAUUAUUUGAUAUGUAUAUACUUUUAUUUUUAUUAUAAAAUAUUACUGAUUAAAUUUUAAAAAUAUUUUAAACAUUAUCUGCAUAUAAAUUUUAAAGAGUAAAAAAAAAUGUUUGCCCUAAAACCCUUAACAGUGUUGAGCCGGAGUUUUCUUAGGUUAUCUUGAAAGUACUCUUCCAAGCUCCGAAUUAUGAUUUAUGUCUAAUUAAAUUGACACAAACAGUGUAUAUUGUAGAUGCAAACCGAUGGUUGCACUUCGUAAUCCCUUAGUUUUUUUUUUUUUUGAAACAAAGGCUUUCAUAUUUAAUGCAGAAGAAUGAAAAUGUUUACAAACCCCCAUAUGGUUCAUGAUUUAUGAAACCCUAAACCACCUCGUUUUAUCUUAUUUUCUUAAGACUCACUAAACUAACUGCUUUCCCACUAAUAAUACUUAUUCAAAAUAUUAUGUAUGACACGAGCUACGAACGUAUUUUAUAUAGCUUUACCGUUUACAGUUUUUUUAAAUAAAUUAUCUUAUAAUCCAGUCUUAUCAAUUAGCGCCAGAUGGGUUGAUGUGAUCAAAGAGAAGAAAGAACUAAUCAAAUUUAUAAAGUAAUAAAAUAAAUUCCAGUGUAUUUCUCGCUUUAUUCGUUCUUCUAUUUAAAGGGAGUGUGAAGAGCUUAGAAGGGAACACAUUCAUUCUCAAAACGCAAAAUCCAAAAGACACAUUUGCAAAUUAUCGAAAGAUCAAGAAUGGCAGAAGAAGCAUCAAGUUUGGUCGGGAUCAUUGAGACAACCGUAGAGGUAAAAUCUACGCCGGAGAAGUUGCAUGACAUGCUUGUCGGGAAAAAGCACCAUAUCCCCAGUGCUUCUCCAUCCUUAGUUCAUGGCUGUGAGCUGCAUGAAGGCGAGAUUGGCCAAGUUGGUUCUAUCGUAACCUGGAAUUACUUUCAUGAUGGGGAGGCAAGAGUAAUGAAAGAGAGGAUCGAGUCAAUAGACCCGGAGAACAAUCGGGCCACGUACAGGGUGUUAGAGGGUGAUUUAAUGAACGAGUACAAGAGUUUCGUGGUCACCUUUCAAGUGACUCCUAAGGAAGGAGAACCUGGAAGCGUUUUACAUUGGCACUUUGAGUACGAGAAAAUUAAUGAGCAGGUGGCUCACCCUGAGACUCUCCUCCAGUUUGCCGUCGAGGUCUCCAAAGAGAUCGAUGCACAUCUCAUGUCCGAAGAAUAGAAGAAUAAUUUUCUUCUUUCAAUUCUAUAUAUCCAUACUUCUAUUUGUGUGUUUGCCUUAAAGUCCAGUCUUUGAAUUUGCUAUAAAUAAGGACCCAGGAGCCGCCUUGUCCGAGUUUGUAAAGAGAUAUGUGUCAUGAGUGUUUGGAAGUUGUUAUUUUUGAGAAGCUAAGUGUAGCAGCAUCAGCUAUGAAGCUACUCAAAAUUGAUGUGUGAAAUGUUUGUUUAAUAAUGAAAUCAUAAGUGUUUGAUAAAUAAAUUAAGCAUUCUGCUUUGUGAUUUA